AUGGAUUCUCCAGAAAAUGCAGCUCAGUCUCUCAAGAGUCUUGAAACUCUGAUUGCCCUCUUCGUGGACCAAGCCUCCACCCCUUUAAGCGGCUGGCAGAAACGACAACUACAUGCAUGGAAGGUCCUACUCAAAGAAAACGGUCCAGUCAAGAGAUCCAGAACCCGAACACAUGUUCGAAUGCAUGCGCGCAAAACUGCGUUCAAAGUCAAGAAGACAGCUGGUUCCGAGACAGUUCUACUGUUCAUGCUCAGGUACUCCAUCUCGGGUUGCCCCAAAAUAACCUAUCAUGGGUUCUAUCAGGAGCUUCACGAAUGGUCACGCAGGAUGAAUUUCCCAAAAUUGCUCAAGGAGGAGGCAUCCCAAAUUUGGGAAGAGCCUUGUCCUUCCACGAGACAUGCUUUGCCAAACCAACAGAUGCCUCUGAAUUAUGAAGCCCGAUCGCAACAACAAUUCGACGCGGAGGAUAACUCUUCGGCGAGAACAAAUCCGGAUGCACUGAUUCCGUCGACUUCCUUUGGUUCAAAGGCCGACCAAACCGUAAACUAUCGUGUCGCGAACGAUCAACUCAUUGCUGAACAGCAAAACGGUGCUCGCUUCCAUUAUUAUGAGUCCGCUUAUAGCGGAAGCUCGGCAAAUAUGUACAACAGAACCGAAUCACAAAUGGGAGGAGGAAGAGGAAUCGAGGUAGCCUUCGACGUGCCUUCAAACAUUUUGGAUACCUUCGUUGAGCUACACAAAAGAUCCGAGCAUUCUCAAGGACACUCGGCAAUCCUCACGAUUCCCACACAGCAAGACCGUGUCGCAUCACUGGUGUUGUCGAUUUCGCGGUCCGAAGCAGUGGCAAACGGUGGAAAGCACGACUUAACUGAGAUAUUUAACGCCGGCUUCCCUUCUAGUUCUGCAGAGCAUGACUUGCCUGAGAUGUUCAACUCUGGCUCUCCCUCUGCUUGA